AUGUCGCCCACCCUCCUGUGCACCACACAUGUCCUGCGCGGCAGCCUCCGCGCCCGCGCUGUGAAGCCCCUCGCCGACAUGGCCUCGAUCAGCUUCGUCCGCGGCAAGGCCGCUCUCCCCGACCUCCCCUAUGACUACAGCGCCCUCGAGCCCUACAUCUCCGGCCAGAUCAUGGAGCUCCACCACUCUAAGCACCACCAGACGUACGUCAACGGCUUCAACGCCGCCCUCGAGGCCUUCGCUGAGGCCAGCGCCAAGGGCGACGCAAAGGCAGUCGUCACCCAGGCACCCUUGAUCAACUUCCACGGCGGCGGCCACGUCAACCACUCGCUCUUUUGGGAGAACCUCGCCCCCAACGGCAACGGUGGCGGCGGCGAGCCCGAGGGCAAGCUCCUGACCGCCAUCAACGAGGACUUCGGCUCCUUGGACGCUCUCCAGAAGCAGACCAACGCCGCCCUCGCCGGCAUCCAGGGCUCCGGCUGGGCCUGGCUCGUCAAGGACAAGACUUCCGGCACCCUUAGCGUUGUCACCCGCGCCAACCAGGACCCCGUCACCGGCAACCUCGAGCCCCUCCUCGGCAUCGACGCCUGGGAGCACGCCUACUACCUCCAGUACCAGAACCGCAAGGCCGAGUACUUUAGCGCCAUCUGGGACGUCAUCAACUGGGGCACCGUCUCCAAGCGCUUCGAGAAAUAA